AUGUGUUCAAAUGGGACUCAAUUCAAAACACACAUAAAUUAGAUACUUUGGAAAUUUAAGUUGAAUAUUCAAUAAUAAAUUACUCAUAUAAAAAAGAAUAAAAUUCGGGUAAAAUUAAAACAUCAUUUACUUUUUAUGCAGGUUAGUUUCCUUUAUAACUUUAUAAUUUUAUCUAAAGAUCAUUCGCAAAUAUUAGUGGAUUUUCCUUAAAGCACUCUUAUAGAAUUUGUCAAAGGUUUUACCAUCCUUUGUCUAUUAGAAAGCGUAAUCCUCCAACAGUAUCAUCAAUAAACUCUCCUAUCUGAGAAUACAUUAACUGAUUUAUGGAUGCAAUGGAGGUGGUUAAAUUAACCAAUCAGGCGACUCAAUUCUAAAUAAUCUAAAAAUAAUUCUUCUCCAUCUUUAAUAACUUUAAUUCUUGUAAACUUAGGUCUCUUAUGUGAUUUUUAUAAUGAUGAUCAAGAAAAGAUAUGCUCUACGAAAAAUUUUACAUCGUGGAGAAAUUUUAAGUUGGCCAAAAUUGCAUCAAUUCUUGAAGAAGUUUUUAGGGACAAAUAUAUCGAUUAAACGUAAAUUAAUUGA